AUGGGAGACAAGCCAGUUUGGGAGCAGAUUGGCUCCAGCUUCAUUCAACAUUACUACCAGUUAUUUGAUAACGAUAGAAGCCAACUAGGAGCAGUUUAUUCCGACGUCUCAUGCUUCACAUGGGAAGGACAGCAAUUCCAAGGGAAAGCUGCCAUUGUGGAGAUAUUGCAGCUUCCAUUCCAGAAAACCCAGCACAGCAUCACGGCUCAGGACCGUCAGCCCAGGCCGGAUAGUUGCAUCAUCAGCACAGUCGUGGGCCAGCUCAAGGCCAAUGAAGACCCCAUCAUGCAGUUCCACCAGAUGUUCCUAUCAAAGAGCAUCAGGGUUGCUUGGAUUUGUACCAAUGACAUGUUCAGGCUUGCCCUGCACAACUUGGGCGGAACCCUCCCAGCCAGGCAUUCAUGCUAUUUCCUCCUUCUUCCUCCUCCACUUACUAUUCAACUGUCCACAUUCCUCCAGAGGCUCCUAACAUCAACAAAUAAGCAGGGCCACGCCAGGGCUGACACCUUGGGCAUCAGACAGCGGAUAGAAGAGGAAGCCUCCUUCCUCCGCUCCCCCUCCCAACUCCAGCAUUCAGCCUCGGCUCCCGGAUCGGCCCUUCUGGGAGUAAACAAGCCCCUUGUACGAGUCCGAAGGGGGAGAACAGAGAAGAGAGGAGCCCCAAGACCAACCUUCCCACACCAGCGGCGGCCCACAGCCGGGCGCACCCGCGCGAGCCCUCCCGCUGGCCCGCUUCUCUGCCCCGCCACCCGCCUCCAGGCGCGGUCCCCGUCGCGCCUUCGAGGCCCCUGCCUCCCGCCCCGCGUCGACGCGCGCCCCCGGCGCAAGCCCGCGGGGAGGCCCGGCAGAGGCGGCGUGGCGGACCCACAAAGCCCCCGGCCAGGCGCCGAGGCCCGGGCGCGCGCGAAGCGGGGCGUGGCAGGGCGGGGCGCGCCGGCCGGGCCGGGCCGGGGGUGUCGAAUGUCACCCCUAGCGCACACCUCGGCCGGGGGGCGGAGGAGAGAACCACUGAGAUGCGGAGACCUCCCCGGUCCUAGAGCGGAGCAGGAAGUGUCCCAGGGGAGGGAGCCGGAGGGCUUCGGCCUUUCCUUUCCUCAGCGUCCGGCGGGCUCCGGAGGCGGUCAGGCCUGUACGGCCCGCCAACUGGGACUCGGAGAGGAGGCGCCUGCAUUUGAUCCCACUUCUUCCCUCUUAAGCGGAGCCGUGGUUUUCUGGAUGAGCAGGAGACGGGGUCUUGGCUAGCCAGGGACAGAGUGGCCCUCGCAGAGAACCCGCCUCAGGAAGGACACCCGGGAGACCGGGCUGGAAGGAUGAGGAGCUGCCGCCGUAGACUUCCGCC